UUGAUCUUGAUGAAGUUCCAAUCCUUAUAUCCCCUUGCUCUUCGCUCAACCAUUCCACUCCGCCAUAUCCGGCCUCUGCCUGGAUUUCGCUCUAUCUCAAGAAUCACAGACCAAAUGACUGCUCGAAGAGAGGAUUCGAUUCCUCAUGAGCUGCGGACAGCCGCAGAGCCCCGGCAAAAUAGACUAUAUCCAGUACGACUAUCGCACAUCGAGCAGAUCAACCCUUCUGUUCGGCUUCUACAGUUCGCUUUGCCGCAAGAGAACAAUGAUAACGAUCAGCAGCCAUUCAGCUUCCUCCCGGGCCAAUGGCUUGAUGUACACAUCCCAUCCAUCGCCCAAGCGGGUGGCUUCACUAUCACUUCCACCCCGGCAGACGCGCAAGUGCUACCGCCACCAGAGGCUUCUAUAGACUCAUUGGCUGGCGAGGCGUUAGAGCCAUCUUCAGAAUCUCAAGGCCGACCACCAUAUGUGGAACUCGCUGUACAAGACUCACCAGGUAACCCAUCCGCCGCGUGGCUUUGGAGACCAAAAGAAGAGAUUAUAGGCAAGGAGCUGAACAUCCGAGUUGGUGGAAGCUUUGUUUGGCCUCCCACUUGGGUCAGUAUUAAUGAUGUGAAGAAUGUGGUCUUUGUUGCGGGUGGUGUCGGCAUCAACCCUCUGAUAUCUAUGCUCUCCCACUUAAUCAACAGCGAACCACACACCCCCAACCCAACAACUAUCCGCAUCCUAUACUCCAGUCGCCUACCGCAAGACCGGGAAAAAGCCUCGGCCGACGCAGUACUUGACCAGAUUCUGUUUCUUCCACGUCUGCGCCAGAUAGUCCGAUCCCAAGAGAAUUCGCAUCGGCUCCGGAUCUCACUAGACCUUUUCCUUACAGACCUAACCUCAUCACCUGACCUGUUCUCAUCUGGAUCUCCUACUGAUAUCAAGACUCAUCCAGUCAGGAUAUCUGACAGUGAUUUGCGCUCUGCGGCUUUAGGUACAGACGGUGAGUUGGAUAUCCAGAGCACAGUGUGCUAUGUCUGUGGACCACCUGGUAUGACCGAUUCCGUUGUGGAGAAGUUGAUUGGUAUGCUAGGGGAAGGCGGGGAGCAGCGUGUCUUCUUUGAGAAGUGGUGGUGA